CAAGAUAUCUCGUUUUACUUUGGUUGAUGUCAUCAGUCACAUGACAACCACCGCGCAGGCAAAGAACCAGCAGACAGUUGUAUCAUGAUUAUGAUGAUUACUAUCUGGAAUGAUAAUUCUACCAGUACAGCUCCAGGUAUUUGACAAAUUGGAGCAGAGAGGACCUGAAGCUGUUUUACUGCUUCAACUCGUCCACUGAAGUGAAGCAGGGCACAAAAGCUGGGGUUUGACAUCGCUGUACAUUCCACCAGAAAUAUAAAGGAAAACAACCAAUUCUGAGAAAGGCCAAACCAUGGACAGCCUGCUACGCAGUGAGGAGAUGACCCUUUGCCAGGUGUUUCUACAAUCAGAAGCUGCUUAUGCCUGUGUUUCUGAACUAGGAGAACUUGGUUUGGUACAGUUCCGUGAUUUAAACCCAGAUGUCAGUGCAUUCCAGAGAAAAUUUGUAAAUGAAAUCAGACGUUGCGAAGAAAUGGAGAGAAAACUACGGUUUUUGGAAAAAGAAGUGAAAAAAGAUGGGAUCCCAAUGCUAGAUACUGGAGACAAUCCUGAUGCACCAGCUCCAAGAGAAAUGAUUGAUCUAGAGGCUACCUUUGAGAAGCUGGAAAAUGAAAUGAAGGAGGUGAAUUCAAACUCAGAAGCAUUGAAAAAGAACUUUCUGGAGCUGACAGAACUGAAACACAUCUUAAGGAAAACACAAACAUUUUUUGAAGAGGCUGAACAUCACACCCCUCAGGCACUUCAUGACCCCUCACUGUCUGAUGAGACAGCUGGGCUGCUGGGUGAGGAACCUCACCGCUCUAGCCAAGCUCUUCGUCUAGGUUUUUUAGCAGGAGUGAUUCUGAGGGAGAGGAUUCCUGCUUUUGAGAGAAUGCUGUGGCGUGCUUGUCGUGGUAAUGUUUUUCUUCGUCAAGCAGAGAUUGAGUCACCUCUAGAGGACCCUGUGACAGGAGAUCAUGUGCACAAGUCAGUGUUUAUCAUCUUUUUCCAAGGAGACCAACUAAAGACACGUGUGAAAAAGAUCUGUGAAGGAUUCCGAGCAACACUGUACCCAUGUCCUGAGACCCAAGCUGAGCGGCGAGAAAUGGCUAUUGGAGUGAUGACUCGCAUUGAAGAUCUCAAUACUGUUUUGGCACAGACUCAGGACCAUCGACACCGUGUGUUGGUAGCAGCUGCCAAAAACAUCAAGGUUUGGUUUAUCAAGGUGCGGAAGAUCAAGGCGGUCUACCACACACUUAACAUGUUUAACCUUGAUGUCACUCAAAAGUGUCUGAUUGCAGAGUGUUGGUGCCCUGUUGCUGAUCUUGACCGCAUUCAACAAGCACUGCGCCGAGGCACGGAGAGAAGUGGCAGCAGCGUGCCAUCUAUUCUGAAUCGUAUGAGUACCAAACAAGUACCUCCAACAUACAAUCGCACCAACAAGUUCACUCAGGGCUUCCAGAACAUUGUUGAUGCUUAUGGAGUGGCCAGUUAUCGAGAGGUUAAUCCAGCCAUUUUUACAGUGAUUACCUUCCCCUUCCUGUUUGCGGUCAUGUUUGGAGACAUGGGACAUGGCUUUAUUAUGUUUUCCUUUGCUCUAUACUUUGUUCUGAAAGAAAAGCAGUUUGGAGCACGUCGUAUUGAAAGUGAGAUCUUCAGAACAUUUUUUGACGGCCGUUAUAUCAUUUUGCUGAUGGGAUCUUUUUCUAUAUAUACUGGGCUCAUCUACAAUGACAUAUUUUCCAAGUCACUCAACAUAUUUCAUUCACGGUGGUAUGCAAAUGAGAGUGUAUACAACAUGGAAUUGUUGGAGAAAUCUGAUAAGUUUCAACUGGAUCCUUAUUAUUCAUACACAGGCACACCCUAUCCUAUUGGUUUGGAUCCGGUGUGGCAAAUGGCAAAGAACAAGAUUGCCUUUACUAACUCUCUCAAAAUGAAAUUGUCUGUAAUACUUGGUGUGAGUCAGAUGUUCUUUGGAAUUGCUCUCAGCUUUGUCAACCACAGAUACUUCAAAAAGCCUCUUGACAUCCUGUGUGAGUUUCUUCCCUCAUUCAUCUUCCUCUUUUGUAUGUUUGGCUACAUGGUCCUCCGCAUCUUCUACAAGUGGGUCAAUUAUGACUCAACCCAAGCUCACAGGGCUCCCAGCUUGCUCAUUGGUGCUAUCAACAUGUUUCUGUUUCAUUAUGAAAAACCCAAGAACGACGAUGAAUAUGAGAUAUCUGCUGAAUUGAAAGGCUUCCAAUGCUUCCUGGUGGUUUUGGCUGCACUUUGUGUCCCCUGGAUGAUGUUAGUCAAACCCUUCUACCUGAGAUACAUGCACCGCUAUGGCCAGCUUGCAGGAAGGCAGCGCAGAACACAAAAUCAUCUUGAGGACGAGCAAAAUCUCUUUGAAAAUAACCAUAGUUAUGUUAGUGGGAAUUCCAGUGAGUUCAAGCACCAGCCUUUGUCAGUGCAGAGUGGUGAUCUGUUGAACCAUGACCAAGAGGUCAUACACAACCAUGAUAACACCGCCUUGCAUCAGUUUCAAGAGGAGGAAGAGGAGCCAUUUGACUUUAGUGAGGUCUUUGUGCAUCAAGCCGUUCACACCAUUGAGUUCUGCCUGGGCUGCAUCUCUCAUACAGCCUCCUAUCUCCGCCUUUGGGCUCUCAGCCUGGCUCAUGCGCAGCUGUCGGAGGUACUGUGGAGCAUGGUACUAAGGUUGGGCUUUGAUGGGAGAAGUGUAGGAGGUGCUUUUAUCCUGGUCUUUGCUUUUAUGUUCUGGGCCUGCCUGACUGUUGUUAUAUUGGUUCUCAUGGAGGGGCUGUCAGCGUUUCUACAUGCCCUUCGUUUGCACUGGGUGGAGUUCCAGUCCAAGUUUUAUAGUGGUGCUGGAUACAAGUUCCUGCCAUUUUGUUUUGACAACAUUCUGGAUCAUGGAGAAGAGUAGACAAUUUUUUAUGGCAUUUUCCUCUGACAUCAAAAGUUUGACAGUGGCACUGGAUAGAAGUUCUGGCGAUUCUGUUUUGGUUAAGCCCUGGAUUACAGAGAACACCAGAGAAAAGAGUGAUUUUUAUCUGACACAUCUAAACAUUAGGGAAAUAUUUCAUGGAGACAAGAGAUUUAUAUGAAUUAGGCAAUAUGUGAAAAUAUAGAUGUCACUGUGUGAUACAAGACUUAGGUAAGUCCCGUAACCUUACAGUUGCUGGGGAGUGUUUAUAAAGGUCUCACUCUUAGCUAUCUUUUUCAAGAGGGCAGAUCCCAUCUCCUUUUUGUCUACCUUACCUUCACCUGCCCCUUAAGGAUUCAUGUCCCUAUUCCAAAGCUGAAUCUAUUGGAGGAAGUGUAGUGUGUGACACAAGCAUCAAAUUGGCAAGUGUGCACACCUUCAGGUUUGGAUGCCGUUACUCCAACCACUAGACUGUGUGCUUCCACUUCUUCUUCCUUUCUGCCCCCCAGUGGAGCAUAGGGCUGCAACUACACGCCAUCAGAUCCGGUUCUGGGCGUCCAUUCCCAGUUGGGUCCACGUCAUGCCAGCUGCCUCCGCCUCAUUGUGGACCAAUCUCCUCUAUGUCUGUCUGGGUCUCCCAACCCUGCACAUCCCCUGUAGAUUCCAGCCCAGAACUUGUUAAAUUGUUGGCUGGCUUUUGCAGUGUGUGACCGAUCCAGCCCCUAUUCCGCUUUUUGAUGUCUUGGCUGGCAGAUUUUUGGUUGGUUCCCUCCCACAGGUCUGUAUUGGAGAUUUGUUCGGGCCAUCUGAUGUGAGAAUGUGGCGCAGACAUCUGUUGACGAACAUCUGAAUCUUGUUGGUGAUGGUGUUUGCCACAUGCCAUGUCUCAAAUCUAUAUAGAAGGACUGACUUUACGUUUGCGUUGAAGAUGUGGUCUGCUUCCACUAAUCAUAAUCAAUCACUAAGACUAAUAGUAGCAGAGUAUGUGACUAAUAGUAGCAGAGUGUGUACAGGAUCUGGAAACACUUGAUGUAAGAAUAAUCUUGUGUUCAGUGGCUGUUGAGUUUAUUGUGCAUUAUUUAUGAUAGUCCUUUCUCUUUCACCUACAGGAACCAACAUACUAUGGUUCAUUCAUCUGCCGUUUACAUAUGCAGUAAUAUCACAUGCAUAUUUGCUUAUGUGACCUUUUGCAUAUAAGUGUGUAUUAAGAAAAACUCUGUUGAUUAAAUCAAAUAGAUCUGUCAGGAACAAUUUGUCUUUAACUGUAGAAGGCAUUUUUCUCCCCCAUUAUUGGCAGCCAGUCUCAAGAUCUUAUAACGUCAGUGACAUUACAGCAUUAAUGUUGAAGAAAGUUAUAUAAAAUAUAUAUUAAAAAAUAUAUAUCUUAAUAUUAAGCUGCAAGAGAUUUGAAAGUUUUGAAAUCUACAUUGUAUUGUGGUUGUGAACAUAAUUUAGAUAUAGGAAUAAUCUAGAUUGCAGAUAUUUGAGACUGUUUCACUUCUUUUACAAUCAACAGCUGCAUUGAUAUCAGCUUUAGAAUUUCGUGUCAUGUUAAUAGUAUGUGCCUCUGGUCUUGUAGAUCCUUGUCUUGUGAACAGAAAUCAAGCAUAGUAUUAGAGAAAUACCUAUAUCAGAUUGUUUCCAUUCAGUCUGACAGUUCUUGACCACUGCAGUAGGGUACUGUUCCAAAUCCAAUCUGUGUUUCAUUUGGUUGUAGUCUAGAAUCUCAUUUAUGAUUGGUAAAUUGGUAGUUAUGUCAUGGUAUUCCUUGCCUUGAUGAGAAAAAGAAGGGGAAAAAAAUGGAUUCAUUUGUAAACCUUUUUGUGAAAUACUCUUUUGACUAAACCAUUGUGCAAUACCAAAUGUCAAAAAAGUCUUUGAAUUCAGUUUGAUGGUAUUUCAUGAGGUCCAAAAGUUUUAUUAUUUCUCGCAUUCCUAGACUUCUGAAAGUGCUGUUCUGUGAUGCACAUGGGGAUUUCAUUUAGCUGUAGUUGUUGCAUUAGCAUUGAGUAUAUUUUGUUGCUUGUGUUUCUUCCAUUUGAGUACAUACAGCCAGGUAAUAUGGCAUCGUGCCAAGAGAAUGGUGCUUACUACCAUGUACCCAUCUGACAGCCUCAAAAAUAUGAAAGGAAAAUGUAAAAUUGAUUAUGACUUGAUGGGUUUUAUAAAAGUUAUAUCUCUAUGUCACAUAAAACAGUUUUUACCCCAUAUUGUUUUUGGUGAAUUGCUGUUAAGUAUCUUUUUUUUUUUUUGACAACUUAAAUGCCUAUGAUCUCUUGAGCUGAAAAGGCAGUUUUGCUCCACUUUCUUAGGAUCAACUUUUUUAUUUAUAAAAUGAUCAAUGUUUCUUUGACUUUGUUUUUGUGUUCCACUUUAUUUAUUGUGUUCUCAUGAUCUGAUCUUAAAUUUGUAUCAACAGAUGAACAGUGCAAUAAAUGUGCAUGUUGUUACGUGGCUAUAACUAAUCAUAUAAUACAUUUCCUCAUCUCUGUGUUUUUGUGGAGAGCGUUUUCUUUAGUCAUUUUGCCAGAUGUUUGCAUGCUUUAGUAAACAACAGUAUUUCUUGUGUUGCCAUAUAUGUACAUGAAAUUGUUUACUUUUGAGCAUAUCUACAUUUUCAGCCACCUAACUUACAGAGAAUCCAAAUGUGUGGUAAACAGUUGAAAGAAAGGCAUAUUUGUAUAAUAGUACUGCUCACAUUAACAUAAUUGUCAAGAUCUUAUCAUGUGGAAAUAAAAAUAUUCAAUGGU